AUGGCGGGCUUCACGAAGCACCUCAGCACGCACGUGUACUUCCACAUGGACCGGUCGGGCCAGGGCGGCUCGUCGGCGCCCGCCCCCGGCAAGAAGCCCUCGAGCAGUCCGGCCAGCGGGAGGCUGCCCACGUCGGCCGACACCGCCGCCCCGAGGCGCAGGGACGUUCAGAGGCCGGCCCUGCCCAGGACCAGGAGCGAGGCUUCCGAGACUGGCGGGGUCCCCCCUCCCCCGGCGCCCUCCCGCUACGAGCCGACGAGUUCGGACUGGGACGACUUCGACUACUUCUGUCAGAGCCCUUAUCUGCUGUCUAUGCCGGCCGAGGCGCCGCCCAGGGAGCGUUUCAAGCGCAGGCUCUUCCGGCGCUCCCACCGGGACAAGUACGGCCCUGACCAGGACCGCCCGCUCCAGAGGCACCAGGAGCCGCAGACCUCGGCUUCGGCAGACAGAGUCAGAUGCGGCAGCCGCAGUUCGGAGACCGCCCUGGGCGACUGGCAGCGGCGCCAGCCGUCCAUCCGGCGGUCGCCCGUCGCGGCCUCGGGCCCAGCGCCCGGGUCGCAGCGGUCGCUGCUCGGCGGGGACCCCGAGGACGAAUUGGACGACGAGGACCUCGACGGCGGCCACCACCCGCUGUCCCACAGGGGUGGUAGCGGCCGCGGAAGGGCCGACCAGGGCUUGGAAUACCAGCCGGACUGCGUCAUCGUGUCCUCGAGGACCAUGGACAGGUUCCUGCCGGCCUUCGGACAGGAGGUGUGCGACGUUGGCGGUGGCGCGGCGGGCGGCGGCGUUGGAGCCACCUCUCCGCGAAUGUCGUCGUCGGGCGGCUCGGUGUCCGUGGAGGUGGCCGAGCCCACGUCGUGCAUCGUGGUGGACUUCUGCGAGAACGCGGGCUUCACCUGCCACGACCUGCCGUCGCCGACGACCGAGCUGGCCCCGAUGCCCCGAGACUGGAUCGCCAUGCAGCUAGGCAGGCAGCGACAAGCCUUCGCCUGGCUCCAGCAGGCGUCGCCCAGGUCCAUCCUCGAGGGACUGCUCCUCAUGAACGUCGAGCGAAACAGUCAGUUCCCGUUCGUGACGUACCUGGUGUGCGACGCCGAGCGAAGCGACCCCUUCCGGCUCAUCCUUCAGAUGGAGAGUCACCAGGACGCCGGACCCGAGGGAGAGCGCCUCCACCACACGGCGGCGUACGAGGAGGUGGCCACCAUCGCGCGGCCUCCCGUGGACGUGGUGCCGCGCAAGCCCACGUCCAGCAAGACCGGCUACAUCUUGUCGGCGUUCCGCGUCUUCCCGGGCGAGGACCGCGAAAAGCUGGACCGAUCCUGGCUCCUGUGGACCGGCGCCCGGCAGAUAUACCGCCGGCUGCCCCCGCACCUAGGUCUGCGCCGCAUCACCUUCCACAAGAAGAUCUGCCCCGUGGACCACGGCAUCACGUACGUCCUUCUGUGCGAGUGCCCGUCCCUCAUGGACUACGUGCCGGAGGCCUGCGUGCUCGUCGACCAGCUCAGGGCGAGAUGCUGCGGCUACACCGCGCUAUACCGAGUCGUCGACGCCUUCUGA